GUACAUGCGGCCCUGGUUUUGAUCACUUCCAGAUGUUGAGCAGUGAUCACAAGGGCUGGAAGCAAGGAAUUCAGGACCAGAGAGAGAGGAGAAGGAGAAGGUCUGCUUGUAGUUUAAUCUAUCCCAAUGAGGUAUUUAUUUAAAACCUGCCAGGAUUCUGAGAGCCGUCGUGUUCACUUGUAACUCUCCUCCUCAGAAAUGAUGCAUUGGGAAGUCUUUGUUGUUGCUCUUGUUUAUCACACUAUCUAUACUUCCGCCACCCCAGGGAAGAAUAAAGACCUGUUCCCCUCUGCAAUGCUGGUAAAGAGAGGGACAGCUGCCAUGCUAAACCCUGUCUUCCAGAACUCGCUGGAGGAAGUAAAUCUGCUGUACGAGAUACUUUUGGCUGGCCUUGAGAUGGAUAAGACUCACAGUAAAGUCUUAGUUAAAGAUGAAGAGCUGUCUUCACUCAGAAAAACCAAGAAACUGGAGGUGAUCUGGGAAGACGUGACCCCCAAAAAGAUUACCGAUAUACGGCGUCUGACCUAUAACCUCUCACAACACAAGGGGAUGCUAUGCAAGGAAGAGUUUGAGCGGACUGUUCUGACAAUUGUUUAUACAGCGUACAAGCUAGCACAGGUCACAGGGCACCAGAAAGAGGUUUGGGCCGAGUCCUUUGUAAACCUCUAUAAGGCCAUAAAAGACGACCUGUUAUAAAGGGAAAAAUAUGACAACGGACCCAGAGGGGCUUUCUCGAGAUUCUAUUGUUUAUUGUUGAGUGCCUAUCCUAAUAAAACAAAGUACAGUAUAAUUAGGGCUUUAACUUUUUGGGUUUUACUUUCCAAAUCUCUACCUCCCUUUAAAUGUUAAUUGGUCAUUGUUAAGCCUAAUAUGCAUCCUAAUAUAUACGCCAUACUGGGUAUUUUAUGCUGAACAGAAAAUCUGUCAGUACAGCUCUGUUAAACGAGUGGAAAUAACAAAAGCACAAUGAUAAACUAGGCAACUGCAAGAAUUAAAUGUAAUCAGCGAUGAGCAAUUAAUGCCACAUGUGUCUGAAAUAAAAAUGCAUCAGGUUCAGUCAAUAUAUGAAGGUAAAAACAAGUGGCAGUAGUAAUGAACAGCUUUUUCUGAGUUUAAUUAGGAAACAGAAUCAUCUCAAAAGAAGUCUAAAGGGUCAUGUGAUCAAAAAUAAAACCCAGAAACCUCAAGCCCCAAGUAUGAUGUAUUUCAAUAAUAACCUAAAGUUGAUUGUAUUUCAAUUAAUUGUUGCUGUCAUUUAAAAAGACAAUACAUGUUUUUCAUUAAAAUAAAUGCACUUCUCCUUCACUCAACACUGAAUUGAUUUUAGCUAACAAAAUAUUUUAAUAAAUUGUACCAGUUGUGCACUUCCAUUAACUACAUAAGUCUGAUAUUGUGUGUGCAGUGCUGAAUGAAACACAAGUUAUGUAUCUUUAUUUUAAAACAUUAUAACAGGUACUACCAGCCUACCCAGAUGGCGCUUAGCCAAUUGUGUGCCGCCCCCUAGGAAUCCCUGUCAUGUU